AUGGACUCUUCAACUACGGGGAGCUUAUGUUCAUGCAACCUGGACUAUGUAGAACAGACGUCUAAACAGUCAACUACGUCUUCUGGAUAUGUGCAACAUAUAGGAGGAGCUGCUUCUGGAAACAAGUUCCGCAUGACCUUGGGUCUGCCUGUUGGUGCCGUCAUGAACUGCGCUGAUAACUCUGGCGCCAAGAACUUGUACGUCAUCUCCGUCAAAGGAAUCCACGGUCGUCUCAACAAGCUGCCCGCUGGUGGUGUCGGUGACAUGGUCAUGGCUACUGUCAAGAAGGGAAAGCCCGAGCUGAGGAAGAAGGUUAUGCCCGCUGUCAUCAUUCGCCAGCGCAAGGCCUGGCGCCGCCGCGACGGUGUCUUUAUCUACUUUGAGGACAACGCCGGUGUCAUUGUCAAUCCCAAGGGUGAGAUGAAGGGAUCCGCCAUCACUGGCCCUGUCGGCAAGGAGUGUGCCGAUCUUUGGCCCCGUAUUGCCUCUUGCGCCGGUACCGUUGUCUAA